CCCAACACGUCCUAAGAUCUUGUUCCCCUUUCCUCUUUCGGCGCUGACAGCAUGCAACGACUCACUCUUCAUCUCCACACCUUAUCCAUACUUGUACUGGUACACAACUGCCUCGAACAUGCAGUCGUCACAGGGCAGCAGUACGUGGGUCCUGGUUUCACAGCAACCGACGUCGAAAGAGAUCCCAAACAAAGCAGAGGCAGCACGGACGCGGAUGCCAAAUUUUCCCGAAGUUGGUGGGACGGUUAUUUUCAUUCUGGACCGGCUGGGUGUCAUCUUGGGGAGGGGACUCCGAGCACCUACCGGUGGCGAGGAACUGACUGGGGCAAAAACCUUGACGGCGAGCCUUGUGCUAGCUUGGACUCACGCGAUCUCAAACGGUAACGGCGACAUCGCAGUUGUGGUCGAGCCUCAUCGUCUCGCGCCUGAAGGUGGCGCGUGCCCCACUGACAAAGAGCACGGGGACGAGGAGGCUGGUGGGUGGCCGCGCUUCUUCACGCCGAUGGCGCACCUCUGCGUGUUCAGCUCGCAGCAGGAUUUUCGUAGCUUCUUGGCUACUCGAGACCUAAACAAACCGCCAGAUGGUCGACACCUUGGCAUGGACGAAGACGAAGGCGGUGACCUGCCGCAUGCGUGGGAUCAGGACCCAGACAUCAGAAAGGCCCUGGAGGGCACGGCGAUGGAUCAAGUACAGGCAAUGGCGAGGGUCCUGCACUACUUGCUCUCGCACGUCCAACCGCGUCUCCAAGGCAAAGUUCAGGCUGUCCUUCAUGAGCCGGAUGUAGCCUUUUUCUCCGACAAACCUGGGAAGUACGUGGGCAUGUUCGUGCGCAAGACGGAAGGGCGGACGUACAAGUCACUCAAGAUGACCGAAACGUUGGAUUGCUUCGAAAAAGCGUUCAAGUACAUCGAAGACUUGGACAGGUUCUCUGCCGGUCAUAUCAGCUUUUCGGAGAUUACAGGAAUUUUCUUGGUCUCGGAAGACACCACUGCCCUGCCAGAGGCCAAGAAUAUCGUGCGCCGGUACUUUGGAAAAGUCAAGAGUGAUAAGGUUGUUCAGCUGGUUGCCGCUGAUCCGGGGUCAUCCGCCACGGAGGGUGAGGUCGAUCUGAGCAGCAGUUGUGGAACAUCCGAUAGCGAGAGAGAAAUGGCGUUGAAACAGACUCUGGUGGAGUUGCAACUGUUGGCACAAGCCGACGUGUUCGUGGGGGUUGCUUCGGAAAGCUUCAGCAAGCUCGUGUUCCUCAUGCGAGAGACCCUCCACUUCGCCAGAAAGACAUCGCUCAGCAUGGACAAGGCGACGCCGUUUCCCGGGAUGUUCCGCUAGAGGAUGCCCUCUAGCUACGGUGGGCAGCUUCACCCGAGAAAAACCUGACUGCGAGAAAAAGGCGCUCGUCAUCGAGGAUGGACCAGCCCGUCCCAUGCCGAGAUGGUGUCGUCCGGAAAUUUGCGGCGCGUGCUUCCCCCGUCCCCUGUUCCUAGAUUAUGCCGAGAUUUCAUCCGGUAUCCCAAGAGCAUGGAUCGUAGCCCCGAAACACGAACAAGGAAGCGCACAAGACAACACGUUCUCCGUACAAUAAAUGGCGAGGGAAGAGAGCUCAAUCAAGUGUUGCAGGCGUUUCGUUUGGAACUGGAACGACUGGCCCAAUGAUGUUCCGUCACA